GCGGUCCUCAAAUUUCACAGGAAUCAAUCCAAAACUCCACCGCGCUGCAUCGGGUUUGGAACGGACUGACCGAUUUGUCCCCCUCGCCCUCCCCCACCUUCCCCAUCUUCUCCCACCCUAGCCAUCGUGGCGCCAGCCGAUGAAUCCACCAGAGGUCGCUGCUGGUGAGAAGAAGCUCGGCGUCUUUUUCUUCCCGCGGAGUACAGCAGCUCGGAGGAGAACCUCGGCGGCGAACCCAACGGUAGUGCUCCAUCCUGUUGAAGCGGCCUAGUGGCCGCCGCCGUUCCCAUGGGCCACCAGUCGCUCCCGUCGGCUUCCUCCGGUUAUCUGCAAGCCACGCCGGUCGUCGCUCUUCUUGCCGUUCGAGCGCCUCCCUUCGACUUCACCCAAUGGCUGCUGCUGCUCUCUCGCCCCCUCUCCCGCAGCAAGGCAACGGAUGACGAUGGCGAGGGAUCAUGGAGGAGCUGGCGGCGCGGAGCUAUGGGAUACAGACGAAUGGGAAAAACCUAGAUCUGUCUUGCCCACACAUCCACACUCGCAAGAGAGUGGUUAUUGACAGCCAGAGGUGGAGGGGGAUCGCGCCGGUGCCACAUGGUGAUGGGCCCUGCCUCACCUACAGUGGUCGAUUCUGCGAGUUUAUGGACUACUUCCGCCCAUGCCAUUAUCCUCGAUCCCAGCAUAUGCAUGGUAACACGAUAUUCCUAAUUUUCAUACUUAUGUUGGAUUGCCCUCCAUGGUUUGCUGACGACAUUUUGUCUAAAGUUUCGUCUUCGGAUGGAAAAACAGGUUCUCAGAUUGAGCCUUCUGCGGAUACAUACUCUCUGUUCUGUUUGGAUCUUCCUGUUUCUUGGAUCUGUGUUCUAUUGGUGUGCUGUUACGGUCAGCAGCUGUUCACUCCUUCUGUUAUUGCUUCUUAAUUCAUUCGUUGCUCAGUCUUUGCCUCUUCCUUUUAGGAUAGCUAUACACCUGAUGGUUUGCCAUCCUUCUUAUUGUUUUU